CGCGUGAUCUGCCUGGACGUACCCCAGACGUCACAAAUACCGACGAAGAUACAUGAUAAAUCAUCGAAAAGAGUAAACGUCACUUAAAAAUGAUAAAACAAACGAACGAUUGGAGAGAAAAAUUCGUGGAAAAUUAGUGUCGACGUCGACUAGUUUUCCUCGUGAAUCUCUCUCACUGUCUCUAAAGUUUCUACGAAAGGUUGAACGUCGUUCAAUUGUGGGACACCGAGCGUUCAAGGAUUCAUUAACAGCCUCACACUUCAAACGCAAUAAAAUAUUAUGUAAUAAAGAUGCACGUAUACAUAAUCGUGACACGGAAUCACCACGAGAUUUACCAGAUAUCAGGGAAAUGUAUCGAGUUCAAGUAUUGAGUUCUUUGAAUUAGUCAUUUGUGAUUAAUCACUCAUUGCGGACUUUCCUACUCUCUUUCAAAGGAAACCAUUCCCUUUUAUUAUUCGUACAUAAGUGUCCGUCGGGGUGGCGUGGUUUCCUUGUUGAGGAAAGCUCCCGGGCUGGGGAUAUCCCGUGACAAAAGGGAGAAGAGAAAAAAGAGGCAGCCAGUCGCGCGAAUCUCGAUCAUGCGGAGCGGACACGGCUUCUGUCCUUGGUCCGCGGAGAUUAGGUAUAAAGGAAACUUGUACGAGCACCGAGGGAACAGAUCGUGCAGAACCUCGAACCAUGCCGGCCAACCAGGAAACUUUGACCGUAUCCCCAGACCCAGACGAGUUCCUGGCCAAUGGUUCACCCAGCAACGGUCGGGUGUCUUCAUCCGAGGACGAAGACGACUGCCAAAAGCGUUGCACAGGUCCGAUUACUAAAGAAGACGUCAAGGAAGAUUCUUAUUACAAAUCUCUACCGGUUAGGGAGAUCCAUGAAAAGUUCAUGAGGAAUUUUGUUGAACUUUUGUUGCAAGAUGCGAUCUUCGAGGGGACUUCGAGGAAAAACCGGGUGGUGGAGUGGAUGGAACCGACUGCUCUCUAUUCAGCAGUCGACUUGAAGCUCUCAGAGCAAGGAGCCUCUCAUGAAGAGUUGUACUCGUUGGCUCGCAACGUGAUCAAGUACAGCGUGAAAACUGGUCACCCCCGAUUCAUAAAUCAACUGUACUCCACUGUAGACCCGUACGGCCUCCUCGGACAAUGGCUGACCGACGCUCUGAACCCAUCCGUCUACACUUACGAAGUCUCUCCAGUGUUUUCUUUGAUGGAAGAAGAGAUACUGCGGGAGAUGAGGAAGAUCGUCGGCUGGAAGGAUGGAAGGGGCGAAGGAAUAUUCUGCCCGGGUGGUUCCAUCGCCAACGGAUACGCCAUCAACCUGGCACGCCAUUACAGGUUUCCACAGUUGAAAGAAUUAGGCCUAUCAACUGCAGGCAGAUUGAUAGCCUUCACAUCCGAAGACGCCCAUUACUCAGUCAAGAAGCUCGGUGCUUUCCUAGGAAUAGGCACGAGCAACAUUUACGACGUGAAGACAGACAACAAGGGCAAGAUGUGUGUCUCAGAUUUAGAGAAACAGAUAAAAAGAUCUCUGGACGAAGGAGCGACGCCAUUGAUGGUCUCUGCCACGGCGGGAACCACGGUCCUAGGUGCAUACGAUCCCCUGAGAGACAUCGCAGCCAUUUGCAAAAAGCAUAAUUUAUGGUUUCACGUGGACGCAGCUUGGGGCGGUGGAGCUUUGAUGUCGAAGAAGUACAGACACCUCUUAGACGGAAUCGAAUUAGCAGACUCUGUUACUUGGAAUCCUCAUAAGCUGCUCGCUGCUCCUCAGCAGUGUUCCACUCUGUUAUUAAGACAUGAAGGACUCCUGCAAGCUGCUCAUGGCUGCAAAGCCAGUUACCUCUUCCAGCCGGAUAAAUUCUACGACACUUCCUUCGACAGUGGGGACAAGCACAUACAGUGCGGUCGUAGGGCAGAUGUGUUGAAGUUCUGGUUCAUGUGGAAGGCGAAGGGCACCAGAGGUUUAGAGAAACACGUGGACCGUGUCUUCGAAUUGUCGAGAUAUUUCACGGAGUACAUCAGGCACAGAGACGGUUUCAAAUUAAUGCUCGAGCCCGAGUGCACCAACGUGUGCUUCUGGUACGUGCCGCCCUCCAAAAGGCAUUUGCGUGGUGAAGAAAUGUCCGAAGCUCUUCAAAAAAUUGGUCCUGCGGUCAAGGAACGCAUGGUGAAGAAAGGAUCGAUGCUGAUCACGUAUCAGCCUCUCGGAAAGCUGCCCAAUUUCUUCCGACUCGUUCUACAAAACUCCGGACUGACCGAAGCUGAUAUGAGGUUCUUCGCGGAGGAGAUUGAAAGGCUCGCCAGUGAUCUUUAGUAUUUAAGAAAUCGUACGAAGUUCAUGUAUAAUUUGCGACGUGCAAUAAAAUAUUUUUUAAUAA